UUACGUUACACAAACAAAAAAAGUCAUGUUCAAAAACAUUUUACGAUUGAGGACCUUUAAAGGCGUGAAACUGUUGCAAUUUCAGGUGAUAAGAAGACAACUGUUUAGUCCUUCUCCAUUGGGCCUCCUGGAAUUUGAUACACAACAACAAAUAUUGAGACAGAAGAUAGCUCACAGGAAAGGGGAUUUUCUGAAACGUCUGCAAGUGUAUAUGGAUGAUGGGAAGAAGAUAUUAACAGAGGACAUAACAACACUGCUGUAUCUAGCAGACAAUGAUGAUGAGUUUAACUUUGCUUUAGAAGUUAUAGCAAGGUACAAGGAACUACAAGAAAAACAGUCUUUCCAUACAUACUUCCCAGUGGGUAUACAUGCUCUUCAAAUGCUUUAUCUGCAUGGAAAACAUGACAUGGCAUUUAAAUGGUUUUUAGAUGAAAAAUAUAAUGUUGAAACAUCAUGUAGAAAUCGUCAGUGUUUUAUGAUAAUGAUGGACUUGUUGUAUGAACAUGGGAGGUUUGAAGAUGUGGUUUCCCUUCUUACUGCAGCUGAUAAUUAUCUAGACAGAAAGUAUCCUGAACUUACAAAUCUAGUCCUUGCAUCACUCUACAGAAUGAAUACAAGAGAAUCCCUUGAAAAGAUGAUGACAUUUUUGAACGAGUUAUGUCUAGACCCUGUCCAGCUGACAAACAGAUGUGCAUUGUUAAGUGUGAUGUUAGCUUAUAAACAGGAUGAAGUGGAACUGAUGUUGGAAAUAUUACAACUCCCAAUAUUUCAUGUUUGUAGUAAAAAGUUUAUCUCGACAAUACCAAAUAUGAAGAUACUGGCAUAUAUAGAACUUGGAAGAGUUGAAGAGGCAGUAGACAUUCUCAAGGAUGCUGUAGUAAAGUACAAGAAACCUGUCCCCUUGUUUUUUCAGGAAGUUUUGGAUAAACUAGAUUCAGCAGUGACAAAGUCAGGAAACCUGGAAUUACAGUCGUUGUGCCAGUCUAUGUUCAGAACAUUUAAAGUAGCUGGAUUUGUUUUACCUACACAUAUAGACGAUUACAUGCUUGGAGUAAUUAAAUAUAAAGAAUAUGAAAUGUUAUUAAAUAUAAACAGGCAUAUGACUGUCUACAGCGGCAUAAAAUCAUUUAGCAGUAGACUGGCAAUGAAAGAUACAAAACUGAUUACCUGAUAACCAGAUUGACAUAAAUGCAUUGUACAAAUUAAAAGAACAAAGUUUCCUUUUUUUCUCAUUUUUUAGGUCAUUAUGCUUUUUCAGCUUACACCUUUAAAAUAGUGUCUAGGGAUCUUUUGUCCAAAUCUAGAGCUAAACUAUACAUUUUUACUGUGAACAAGCUGUAUAAGAUUUUGUUAAGAAAGGAUAAAAGGAUGUACAUUGCCUUACCAAAGUACCUCCCUUUUUGUUCGCAAAUGGAGAUAUCUGAAAACAAAUUUGCAACAGUCAUGAUUACUGAAAGUUGUUGUCCUCAUCUUUUGUUGAAGAAAAAAAUGGAGGACAUGAAACUUGGCUCCAUCCUUCCUUCAUUCAUGUUACACUUCAUUUCAAGUCCAUAAGUCUGCCAUCCAUCAAGGAAUUUUGAAAUAACUUGGCACAGAUAUUCCACGGGAUGAGAUGACUUGUCUUGGAAAUAGCAAGACCCCUUGCUCUAGGGGCGAAGAUCAUAUUUUGAGGUCAAAUUUUAACAGAAUCUUUACAUUUCUGGUCUUUUACUCCAGCAUUCAGCAAGGGGUUUCAGAAUAACUAGGAACAAAUAUUCUUCAUAAUGAGACAACGUAUGUGACACAAAACUCAGAUCCCUAUCUGAAGAGUCCAGGUCACAGGUGUUAAAGAUUUUAUGUCAUUUUUGUCUUGCCAACUUUAAGUGGAAGCAAGACUAAGCAAUCGGAAUUCUGGAGGCGGCAGCAAAGGCAUCAACAAUUGGGGAAUAGCUCAAAAACCGUUACAUAUAUUUCUCUUAAACUUUGUAGGAUGGUUAAGAAACUAAUUUUACACCCCCAUGAUGAGUCCUGGCCCCCUAGUGACCUUGACCUUGAAGAAAUUAGCAUUUUUGUGCCUCCACUACUCGGUGGAUUUGGUCUUGUCAGUGCGUCCGUCUGUCCGAUUUUCUAUUUUUCAUAUACUAUUGCUUUGAAACUUUCUGUUUUCAAGUCAUAGAAAAACAUUGUUGAUACUCAAAAGGCCACCUUUCCUACCUGAUCUUUAUGAAUCUUGGUUGGAAUGUUUGUCUGUUUAAAAUCUAGGAUGUGUAACUGGGUUUUUUGGGUAAAGACUAGGUCAUUAGGUCAAAUCAUAGAAAAAAUUAGCUUAACACUUUAGAGCCCACUUUUUAAUCCCCUGCCACAUGUGGUGGGGGUUAUAGCAAUGGUCUCUGUCCGUCCGUAACACUUUCGUGUCCGCUCCAUAUCUCCUAAACAUCUUGAAGGAUUCAUAUAAAACCUGGGUCAAAUGAUCACCUAUCCAAGCCGAUGUGCAGAACUCAUGAGUCAGCCAUGGCUCAAGGUCAAGGUCAAAGGAAAAGCCUUCCAUUUCGUGUCCGUUUUAUAUCCUAAACCUCUUGAAGGAAUUUUAUAAAACUUGGGUCAAACGAUCACCUCAUCAAGAUGAUGUGCAAAACUCAUGAGUCAGCCAUGUUGGCUCAAGGUCAAGGUCACAACUCGGGGUCAAAGGUUUGAGCCUUCCAUUUUGUGUCCGUUCUGUAUCUCCUAAUCCCCUUGAAGGAUUCAUAUGCUACCUGGGUCAAAUGAUCACCUAUCCAAGACGAUGUGCAGAACUCAUGAGUCAGCCAUGCCGGCUCAAAGACAAGGUCAUAACUCGAGGUCAAAGGUUUUAGCCUUCCAUUUCGUGUCCGUUCUAUAUCUCCUAAACCCCUUGAAGGAAUUUUAUAAAACUUGGGUCAAAUGAUCACCUCAUCAAGUCGAUUUGCAAAACUCAUGAGUCAGCCAAGCCGGCUCAAGGUCAAGGUCACAACUUAGGGUCAAAGGUUUGAGCCUUCCAUUUUGUGUCCACUCUGUAUCUCCUAAAUCCCUUGAAGGAUUUUCAUCAAUCUUGGGUCGAAUGAUCACCUCAUCAAGAACUCAUGAGUCAGCCGAGUCAACUCAAGGUCAAGGUCACAAAUCAAGGUCAAAGGUUUGAGCUCUGUAUCUCCUAAACUCCUUGAAGGAUUUUCAUGAAACUUGGGUCAAAUGAGCACCUCAGCAAGAAGAUGUGCAAAAUCCAUGAGUCAGCCAUGUCAGUUCAAGGUCAGGGUCACAGUUCAAUGUCAAAGGUUUACCCUUUCACUGUUCAUAACAGUGGCGGGGGAUUUAGCUGUCUUUCAGACUGCCUUGUUCAACUUGAUCAUCAAAUUUCUUUUGUCAGAAUGUUUGUCUGUAUAAAAUCUAGGACAGGUUCAAAAGUGGGGUACCUUAAUAGAUCAAAAACUAAUGUCGAAAUAAAAAGGCCAUGAAGGUCCUGUAUGCUCACCAGACCUAAUUCUCACCCAAGAUAACCUAGUAUUUAAUUUGGAAUAGAUUUUACAGAGACAAACUUUUUGGCAAUGUUCCAUGUAAAUCAGGUAGAUCAUUAACCAAGUUUUUCAAUCUUAUUAAUUAAAAAUGAAACUAUAAAUGAAGUAAAAUGACUUAUUGGUAAAUGUGAAAAGAAAUUAACCCUUGUAGAAUUUCAGAAUGCAAACUCGGGUAUCAGUUGUAAGUUGUUGUAAAUAUGGUAUUGAUAGGUAGCAUUAUUAUGAUUAAAGUACAUUAGGCUUUCUACAAUUGAGAUAUGCAUUGCAGGUCUUUGCACUGACUUACACUUGUAUUAACUUUCACUUGGGUGUAGUUUCAAUAAAAUUGUCUCUAAAGUCA